GAGAAUAUGGGUUCCCUUAGCAAACCUCAUGCAGUGUUGAUCCCAUUUCCAGCACAAGGUCACAUAAAUCCAUUUAUGCAACUUGCUAAGCUUUUGCAUUCAAGAGGCUAUCAUAUAACCUUUGUAAACAAUGAGUUUAACCAGAAACGAUUGCUAAGGUCAAAAGGCCCAGAGUUGAUGCAAGGCUUACCUGCAGAUUUCAGAUUUGAAGCUAUUCCUGACGCUAUUCCUGACGGGCUGCCUCCGUCUAACCCUGAUGCCACGCAAGACAUCCCUUCUCUUUGUGACUCAGCCCGGAACUACAUGUUGGGUCCGUUCAGAGAACUACUGGCUAAAAUCAAUUCCUUGUCGUCUGAUCAAGUGCCUAAGGUAACUUGCAUUAUUUCUGAUGCAAUCAUGUCGUUUGCUCUUUUAGCAGCCGAAGAAUUAGGGGUUCCUGGAGUCCCAUUUUGGACUAAUUCUGCUUGUGGCUUCAUGGCUUAUUUGCAUCUUGGGGAGCUUGUCAAGAGAGGCCUCGUUCCGUAUAAAAGUGAAAACUUUGAUACUGAUGGCAGUCUUGAAACACCAGUAGAUUGUAUACCAGGUAUUGAAAAUGCUACGCGCAGGUACAUGCCAUUUGCCACCAGAACCACUGAUCCAAACUCCCCAUUUUUGAAUUGUAUUGAAAAUGCUACGCAUUGUAUACCAGCUCCUGCAAUCAUCUUAAAUACAUUCGACAAGCUUGAACGUGACAUCGUAGAAAAAUUCAAUCCCAUAUAUUCUCAUAUUUACACAAUUGGCCCUUUAUCCCUCCUAGAAAAUCAAGUGCCUAAAUUAAGUCCAAUAGCGUCAUUUAGAACAAACUUAUGGGAGGAUGACAGUAAAUGCCUAGAGUGGCUUGAUAAAAGAAACCCUAAUUCAGUUAUAUAUGUUAAUUGGGGUAGUAUAGCAAAAAUUUCAAACAAGCACCUUAAAGAGUUUGCAUGGGGACUUGCAAAUAGUAAACAUCCAUUUUUGUGGAUAAUUAGGCCUGAUAUUGUUAAGAAUAUGUCUGAAUUACUUGAGGAACAAUUUUUUGAGGAGAUUAAGGAAAGGGCAGUGUUAGCAAGUUGGUGCGAACAAGAAAAAGUAUUGUCUCAUCCGUCGACUAGGGUUUUUUUAACACAUUGCGGAUGGAAUUCUAUUAUCGAAGGUAUUUGUAGUGGUAUGCCUAUGAUUUGUUGUUAUUAUUUGGCCGAGCAGCCGACGAAUUGUUUAUUUGCAUGUAAUGUUUGGAAGAUUGGUUUGGAAAUGAAUCCUGAUGUGAAGCGCGAGGAAAUUAGUUUUCUUGUGAAAGAAAUGAUGGAAAAUGAGAAUGGGAAGAAAAUGAAAGGAAAGGCUAUGGAAUGGAAGCAAAUGGCAGAAGAAACUACUAAAAUUGGAGGUUCUUCUUAUGAAAAUUUUAAUAAGUUUAUGGAAGAUGUUCUAUGCUACGGCAAGUGAUCAGUCUGAAAUUGUGUGGUAUUAUCACCUCAUUCUAGCAAGAAUCAUGAAGAAGUGACACCUCAAUAUUUCAAUUUGCUAUAAAACUGGUUACCUGUUAAACAGUCUUUUAUUAGAUUAAUUUUUUUUUAUAUUUUUUUUAAAAUAAAUUUUGUUUAUCUUUGAAAGCAUGCAUACAA